GCUGUCAUGGCGUCCGAGGCGCUGGCUGCGGAGAACUGGCCGCGGUCUCCAUAGAGCUGGGGGCGGGCGGCCCGGUAUGGAGAGCAGCCCCUCUGAGAGCCUGCAGCCGCUAGAACACGGGGUGGCGGCCGGGCCAGCGUCAGGGACAGGUUCUUCGCAGGAAGGGCUACGGGAGACCAGGCUUGCCGCUGGUGAUGGUCCUGGGGUAUGGGCGGCGGAGAGCAGCGGCGGGAAUGGGCUGGGGGCGGCGGCCGCCAGCAGGAGCCUCCCGGACUCGGCUUCUCCCGCGGGCUCUCCUGAGGUUCCCGGACCUUGCAGCUCCUCCCCGGGUUUGGACUUGAAGGAUAGUGGUUUGGAGAGUCCUGCUGCCGCCGAGGCGCCUCUGAGAGGGCAGUACAAGGUGACCGCCUCCCCGGAGACAGCCGUGGCCGGAGUGGGUCAUGAGUUGGGUCCCGCCGGAGACGCGGGAGCCAGCCCGGAUCUCGCCGGCACCUGCCAAGCAGAGCUGACGGCCGCCGGCUCCGAAGAGCCCAGCAGCGCCGGCGGCCUCAGCAGCAGUUGCAGCGACCCGACCCCUCCUGGGGAAUCGCCGAGCCUGGACUCUCUGGAGUCGUUCUCUAACCUGCAUUCUUUUCCUAGUAGCUGCGAGUUCAAUAGUGAGGAGGGAGCGGAGAACAGGGUCCCUGAGGAGGAGGAGGGCGCGGCUGUGUUGCCCGGGGCUGUUCCUCUGUGCAAGGAGGAGGAGGAGGAGGAGGAGGAGGAGACCGCUCAGGUGCUGGCGGCCUCCAAGGAGCGCUUCCCGGGACAGUCUGUGUAUCACAUCAAGUGGAUCCAGUGGAAGGAAGAGAACACACCCAUCAUCACCCAGAAUGAGAACGGACCCUGCCCCUUGCUGGCCAUCCUCAAUGUUUUGCUCCUGGCCUGGAAGGUGAAACUUCCACCGAUGAUGGAAAUCAUAACUGCUGAGCAGCUGAUGGAAUAUUUAGGAGAUUACAUGCUUGAUGCAAAGCCAAAAGAAAUUUCAGAAAUUCAGCGUUUAAAUUAUGAACAGAAUAUGAGUGAUGCCAUGGCAAUUCUGCACAAACUACAGACAGGCCUGGAUGUAAAUGUAAGAUUCACUGGUGUUCGAGUGUUUGAAUAUACACCAGAAUGCAUAGUAUUUGAUCUUCUUGAUAUUCCUUUGUACCAUGGGUGGUUAGUAGACCCUCAGAUUGAUGACAUCGUAAAAGCUGUUGGUAACUGCAGCUACAACCAACUAGUGGAGAAGAUCAUCUCUUGUAAACAGUCAGACAAUAGUGAGCUGGUUAGUGAAGGCUUUGUAGCUGAGCAGUUUCUAAAUAACACAGCCACUCAACUGACAUACCAUGGAUUAUGUGAACUAACUUCAACGGUUCAGGAAGGAGAACUUUGUGUGUUCUUUCGGAAUAAUCAUUUUAGCACCAUGACCAAAUACAAGGGUCAACUGUAUUUGUUGGUAACGGACCAGGGGUUUCUUACUGAAGAAAAAGUUGUUUGGGAAAGCCUACACAAUGUAGAUGGUGAUGGAAAUUUCUGUGACUCAGAAUUUCAUCUUCGGCCUCCUUCAGAUCCUGAAACUGUAUACAAAGGACAACAAGAUCAGAUAGAUCAGGAUUAUCUUAUGGCAUUAUCUCUACAACAAGAACAGCAGAGCCAAGAGAUCAAUUGGGAACAAAUCCCAGAAGGAAUCAGUGAUUUGGAACUAGCAAAGAAACUCCAAGAGGAAGAGGACAGACGGGCUUCUCAAUACUAUCAGGAACAGGAACAAGCAGCAGCCGCUGCUGCUGCUGCUUCUACACAGGCUCAGCAGGGCCAGCCAGCACAAGCCUCUCCAUCAAGUGGAAGACAAUCUGGGAAUAGUGAACGUAAACGGAAGGAACCGCGAGAAAAAGAUAAAGAAAAAGAAAAGGAAAAAAAUAGCUGUGUUAUUUUGUAACAAGUGUUGGCUUCUGUUGGAACCACCUAUAUGUCUUGAGAAACAAAACCACAGGAGGAAAGGAAGAAAAACCGAUCAAUACCGUCUGUGCCUGAUUUCCCAAUGGAUUUUGUUCAUGUUUUUUCAGGGGAAAGGUUGUUACUUAGUUACAAUCAGACUUUUUCAAGUCACACAAUACACUCUUUAUGAGCUGGAGUUUCCUGUUACAAGUUGGAAAUGCUGUGUGUUGUCAUUCAUGAAAAAUACUGCACUUGUAGCCAGAUAAACAAAUCACAGCAAAUUUUGUGUCAUAGUGACAUUCAUAACUCAUAUCAGUUAGUAAGCUAUUAUAUCUUCUGUUCUAACAGUGAAUGGAGGUAAUUGAUUUAGUCUGAUUCCUUCCUGAAAUCUAAAUAUUAGCACAAUAGUUUCUGAAAUUUUACAAUGUUAAAUUAUGAUCUAAUCCAUGAGAAACCACGGGUUUAACAUAGGGAUUCAAAAAAAACAAAAACAAACAAAAUAACAGGAAUAAAUAACCCUUAAUUGUAUAUUGGACUAGUUCAGCCCUUAAACAGCUUUACCUUUAUUUAGGAAUGUACAUUUUAGGUGUUAUCUUGAGAACUGAUCAUGGAGCUUAGAUUUAAUUUAGAUAGCAAAAAUAAAGAUUUGUAUUUCUUUUCCAAUAGCAAAAGGUUGCAUAACACUAAUACUUAUAACCUAUCAAUAUCAGAUAUUAAUGACUUUGUAGUGUUGUAAAAUUUUGAGGAAUUUUGGAGUCUUUAUCAUAGGUAACCUGGACCACAGUUACUAUUUAUUGACAAUGUGAUUGAGUACAUGGAGGAAAGCACAGUGGAUGCUAGGCUUUGUAAAUAUGGGGAUGUAGAAAAGCAGAUAGUUCAGUGUCUACCUUUUUCUAGUAUUACCUUGAACCUUAAAUUUUAAGUCAUGUUUAUUGCUAGAAAAUUAAAUGUACUUAUUAAAACCAAUGAAAAAGCACAUUUCUGAAAGGAAGUUAGAGAUAAUCUCUGUGUCUUGUGAAAAGACAUUAAUAAAAAUCUGAGAGGGCCGGGCGCAGUGGUUCACGCCUGUAAUCCCAACACUUUGGGAGGCCAAGGCGGGCGGAUCACCUGAGGUCAGGAGUUCACGACCAGCCUGACCAACAUGGUGAAACCCCAUCUCUACUAAAAAUACAAAAAAUCAGCCGGGCAUGGUGGCGGGCGCCUGUAGUCCCAGCUACUCAGGAGGCUGAGGCAGGAGAAUUGCUUGAACCCGACAGGCGGAGGUUGCAGUGAGCCGAGAUCGCACUGCUGCACUCCAACCUGGGCGACAGAGCGAGACUCCAUCUCAAAAAAAAAAAAAAAAAAAUCUGAGAGUAGCUAAGAAUUUGGAGGAAUUUAUGUAAAAGCAAUCAGAGUUUUUAACUUAUGGGAACCAAAUAAAACUAUAACCUCUUAUAGUGUUUAUAGAACUCAGAAAUACUAUUUAUUUAACUUUAUUAUGAGGCCACACAUAUUUUCCUGUGUUUCUAUAUAUAGUUUGGAAAACUAUCCUCAAUAGUCUGUUUUAUAUGCCUUAUAUUUAAAAGUUUGUUUUAGUCAUUUUGAAAGACUGUUGCUGCUGCAAAUAGUUGUGUACUUUACAUUCUAAGCUUCAGUACAUUUCUUUAUUUAAGAGCAUCAUAAUCUGACCUGAGCAUCCACUUGGAGAACGUUUUCUUUGUGUGUGGUCUAGGGUGACAAAAGACCACAAAAAUGUGUGGUCUGGAUUUUUUCAACUACGUCAUUAACUUUAUGAUCCUAGACCAGUUACAGGAUGAAUCUAUAUGUAAAAAUAAAGUCUUAUUUAUGGAAGGAAUUAUUCUAAGGGAAAAAUCCAGGGUCAAGCUGUAUCUUUUAUGUCCUCUAUAUUGCAUGUCUAUUUCUGUUACACAAUUUGUUAUUUCUUCAAAUUUCCUAUGGUAGUAUGAUAAAUCAUCAAAGAACCUGUUUGGGAUAUAAAACUCUGAUAGAAAAUAUUUAAUGAGUAUCUUGAUUAUAACCUAGAAUAUGUAUACCUUAGUAAUAAUAACCCGAUAUACUGCAGAACUCUCUGUUGGCUCAAACAGGUUGACCUCAAUCCAAGUUUACUCUUGAUAUCACUAUUGGCUGAAGGUGGAAACUCAAACCUCAGGGUUUGUUUUUCUCGGGACAGAUAGUGUGAUAGUGCAUUAUAUUUUAAUAAGAAAAACAAACCAGUAAACCUUGAGAAAUUUAAAAAAGCAUAGUUGAGGCAUAUUUUUUCAUAAUUAUAUACUUACCUAUUUAUUGCCCAUGGAAAAUAUAUGUGUAGAAGUAUUUCUUCUGUUAUUUGUUACUAUCUUCUUAAUUUGUUCCAAAGAAAAUACUGCCAUACUGCAUUCCCUCUGGAAGGAAACAAAACAAAACAAAACUCACUCAAAACCAGCAGUGCUGCUAUCAGAUAAGUAGAUGUCAAUAUAUACUUACAAGGAAAAACUAAAAAUUGUAAUGUGUUAAUUCAGCCUUUUUCUAUGUAAUAUUUCCAAGUCAGACUUUCUUACAUUCCUGGAAUUUAGUUUGAUAUACCAAGAAUAAUAAUGAUAAAAUGUUUGCUUUGAUUCUGUGGGGGGAAAAAUGAAAUGUUAAAUUGUAUUAAAACAUACAAACUUUUCAGAGAUACUGGUUUCCUGUCCUUGAAGGGUAUAAAGAAUUUAGAUCAUGCCUGUAAUCCCAGCACUUUGGGAGGCCGAGGUAGGUGGAUCAUCUGAGAUCAGGGGUUCGAGACCAGCCUGGCCAACAUGGUGAAACCGUGUCUACUAAAAAUGCAAAAAUUAGCCAGGCGUGGUAGUGGAUACUACUUGGGAGGCUGAGGCAGGAGAAUCGCUUGAACCUAGGAGGCAGUAGUUGCAGUGAGCUGAGAUCGCGCCACUACACACCAGCCUGGGCAAUAGAGCGAGACUCCAUCUCAAAAAAAAAAAAAAAAUGUAGAGCUAUUGUGUCUUUAUUUUCUUAAAUUUUGCCCAAGGUAACUUUAUAUAUCCAGCCAUUUCAUUGCUGGUUUGGGUACAUAGGAUUUUGAUAGUGGUAUAUUAAAGUCUUUCCUUCCAAGUAUUUUGUAAUACUUGAAAAUUAUUAGAUGUAUACUGCUAACAAAAGUUAGAACUUAAACAUUUUUGUUUUUAUCAUUUAUAGCCUAGAUUAGGGACACAUUUGCAUACAGCACAUCAUCAUUAGAUUUGAAAAUAGGCAGAUGAAUGAACAAAUAUGGUCACUGCACUGUCCUUUUACUUUCCGAGUCUAAGUAUAUUCCUUAAGGUUAGUAACCAGUCUUUAUUGAAAAUCUAAAAUUUUUCUUCAUGUCUAAUCCCACUGCAUCCACAAUGCUGUGAUUUAUAGUACAUGAUCAACACUUAAAAGUACUUACUGUACGUGUGUGUUUCUGAAGCAAGUUAUCAGGACCUCUGUUAGAUUCUCAAAAGAAUUCAGAACUUCCCUUCAAUUUAAGAAUCACCAUUUUAAGAAUACACGUGUACCUAUACACAUUAAGCAGUAUGAGGCAGCUAAAAUUGGCAUUGGUUCCAGUGUGCUUAGGUAAAGUAACUUCUUCCAUGUUUCAAGGUCAGGUUCAGAGUUGAAUUGAAUGAAGCAUGGAUUUAAGUUUAGGAUUAGGCUUUGGAAUAUAUCUUGUUUUUAUUGUCUCACAUUUCUACUAUUGACUACUUAUCCCAUAUUAUGUUUCAAGUUCUUUCUCAUACUUCUUGAUCUUGGCUUAACUAAACAAGUUAAUAUCAGAGACUAGUUGACCAAACCCAAGAUUAACCAUUUUGCACUUGCACAAAACCUUCUUAGCAUUUUGCUUUCAAUGAAUCAGAAAGUCAGUUCACUAAGAGAUAGAUCAUGAGAGGAAAGAGAACUAGAAGUCCAAUAAAUAAGAAAAUAAUUAUUCAUAUAUUAGCAUUGACAUGUGAACUACAUAUCUGAAAUCUUGCUGGAGAAAAAUCAAGGCAAGAAUUUCCAGAACUGUCCUCAAAUAGCUCAUUUAUUUAAGUUUUGUUAAAAAGCAAAA